AGAUACCCGAAGAAUAAUCAACAUUGUGAAAGAUAACCGGCAACAAUCAAUUGAUGAAAUUACUGAAAAAUUCAAUACUGGUUUGGAAAUUUUGGUUAGUUCUAAAACCAUACGUCGUAACCUUCACGAAAGUGGGUUUUUUGGUCGGGCUGGUCUAAGAAAACCUUUCAUAUCUGAGGAAAAUCGUCGUAAACAAUUAAAAAGGUGUCUAGAACGAAAAGAUCGGGUUCUUUUGCUGAAUAAAAUGAUAUAUUUUUUUUCGUAA